CGCCGAGUCCAGCGUGAUAACAGCUGUUGCGCUGUACUGAUUUUUCGUCGCGUCGAAACACCGGUUCGAGCCUAAAUAGUGUCAUUUCAGCGAGUAAAUACGCGGUAUAUCCAGUGUGCGUCGACAUGACACGAGUCGUUUUUGUCUUUCUCUCGGCUCUGGCGUUAAUUCUCGAUCAGGCGACAGCGUUUAAUAAUAAUAAUAAUGCAACAACGAAUCUCGAAGCUGCACCCGAUAAUGGCGAAACAAUAAUAUCUUUGUCGAAUUAUGCUAAAAACAACGCAUUCAAACAACGAAUAAAUUUAAUCCCUUUGAGCCCUUUAAAAAUAACUGUGACAGAUGUUCCAUCGGAUAUUUGGUUUAUUAUUUUACAAAUUCAUACAUUUCAAUAUAAUGCCACGAUAUCUUACGACAAAACGCUGCUUGAUAAAGUAUCGAGCGGAAGUGUAUUCGGCUCAAACAUUGGUUUGUAUUUAAAGACACAUGAUAUAACAACCCCAACACAGGCAUUUUUGAAGCACAAUAACGUGCACAAUCUCGAUGCGUUACUCGUGAUUGUCGGAUAUGAUCGAAAUGCGCCGAUACCGGGUGGAUGUAAUAUGGAAUUCGAUAUUGAGGUUGCGCCGUAUCAAAAGCUACAUACGGGAAAUGAAAUGAUAAUAGUCGAUGCACAACCAGCCUCGACGCUCGCUGAUAACGAGUCAGCGCGUUGUGAAAAAAAUCCGGUUCAACAUAAAAUGUACCGUCUUUAUCUGCCCAGACGGGAUUUCACUCCGGAUACAUAUUUCGAGAUGAUCGCGAGUAUGCUGACCACGCAAGACAUUUUGCGGAAUGGCGACGAGAUACCAGCUGGUAUAACGAGUCCUAUGAAACGUAUUUAUAGUGCAUAUACUGGUACAGGAUCUAUUUAUGUCGCAAUUGCCACUUAUGGUGAUAAUUCUUCGGCUUAUAUUCCAAUCUUUACAUAUGGUUGCAGUCCUUUGGUAUAUCCGGAGUCUUGUCAAGUUUUAAAUGGCCCGUUUGCAAAGAUUAUUUGCGCGUUCGUUCUAAUCAUAGGUAUUCUUUCAAUUCUUAUUGGACAUAAGUAUCCUUCAUUAGGUCAUGUAAUAUCGAGUUGUACGAUGGGUGGUAUUCUCGGAUAUACUUUAGCUGUGGCCAUCAGUGAUUACAGCACUGCAACUAACAUUUUGAUAGGUUCGGCAUCUGCCAUUUUGGCCAUCAUCUUAUCGACAGCCUUACGUAGUUGCGAACGUUGUACGUUCCUACAAACUUUACCAUUGGGAUUUCUCUGUGCGUGCAUCACAUACCUCUACGCUCCAGCAUAUAUGUUCUAUGUUCUGGAGACUGAUUGGCUAUUCUGGCCUAUGUUCGUAAGCCUAAUGCUUGUAAUAGCUAUGUUUCUGGCAAAAAUGCCCUACAUCGCAGAAAUAAUCACGCGUGUCGUUUUUGGAUCGUAUUUCCUGAUUGUAGCUAUUGAUUAUUAUGCCGGAAGUAAUUUAAAAUAUAUUAUUCUCACUUUGAUCAGAAGAGUCACUAUAUCUGAGUUCCGUUUAGCAUUCGUAUAUCCGCCAUAUCAAAGUGCAGAUGUUACCUUGACAAUUAUUUGGGCUGUGUUGAUAACAGCGCAAUUUAUUAUUGGGUUCGUCAAAUUGUGCAAUGAACCUUCGCCUAUGACUGGAUUUUCAGAAAAUACAGUCACAACAUCUUUGUUGUUCCCACACCGACUAACAAACUCUGACAACCCUCGAAUGUAUCAAUAUCUUCACCCAAGAUAUCGACACAAUACAACAUGACAACAUAUAACAACAUAUAUACAUAAAUAUAAGAACACAUACGUCAAUAUCAUUUAUAAACUAUAAGAUAUAUAUAUAUAUAUAUGUAUAUUAUAAGGUUCCUUAAACUUGUUAAGAUUUACUUUUUAUUUUUAUACUGGAUACCAAAAAACAAUGACUUGUGUCUGUUAAAUUGUACGGAUAAAUAGAUAAAUAUAUAAGUAUAAUACAAACCUGAUGUACUCUUUGUUCGUAUUAUUUUGUGCUAGAUUAAUUUUGUGUUAGGUUAAAAAAUAUAAUAUUUGCAUUAAUUAGAACAUAAGAUUAUAUGUGACCAUGAUGAACAACAUUUAUAUUUAACAUGUAAAUCAUAUUUUUUGUUUAUUUUUAUUUUAUGUCAGUUAUUGCGAUGUUUUUCAUUUUAAUUUAAUUUUAUGCAAAGCGUAUGUUUUGAACUAAUGUAAGACAUAACUGUGAAUAAUUGUGAAUUGCAGGUAAAGUUGUACAUCAUGGUAAAUAUUUUAUUGUAAUAUUAAAUAUAUUUUUUUUAUAUCUUCUAAUAUAUAUAUUUUAGCUCUUUCUAAUAUAUUAUGUAAAAACUUAUGUCUGUAUAGGGCAGAAAAUGUAUAUCAAUGUUAUGAAUAAUAAAGUGAGAUGAUUUGGCAUUAAAA